UAAUUAUUUUCUCCUCACUUUGCUUGGUCGAAACCCUUCGUCCGCGCGCGUGUAGAAUUUUGUGUGAAUAUGGCGAUGGCGAUGGCAAGUUUAUACCGGCGUAUCCUCCCUUCUCCACCGGCCAUUGACUUCGCUUCCUCCGAAGGCAAGAAACUAUUUACAGAAGCUAUUCACAGUGGAACCAUGGAAGGUUUCUUCAAGUUGAUUUCUUAUUUCCAGACACAAUCUGAACCUGCAUAUUGUGGUCUGGCUAGCCUUUCGAUGGUUUUGAACGCCCUUGCCAUUGACCCUCGUAGAAAAUGGAAAGGGCCUUGGAGAUGGUUUGAUGAAAACAUGUUGGAUUGCUGUGAGCCUCUAGAAAAGGUAAAGAACACAGGUAUUACAUUCGGGAAAGUUGUAUGCUUGGCACACUGUGCUGGAGCUAAGGUUGAAGCUUUUCGGACAACUCAGAGCACUAUAGAUGAUUUCCGGAAAUAUGUCAUGGCAUGUGCUUCUUCAGAGGAUUGCCAUGUGAUUUCAUCAUAUCACAGAGGAGUAUUUAAACAGACUGGAACAGGCCAUUUUUCACCAAUUGGUGGAUAUCAUGCUGAACGUGAUAUGGCUCUGAUCCUAGAUGUUGCAAGAUUCAAAUAUCCUCCUCACUGGGUUCCACUUCGUCUUCUUUGGGAAGCUAUGGAUACUGUUGAUGAAUCAAAUGGGCUACACAGAGGGUUUUUGCUCGUGACUAGGCACCAAAGAUCACCUGCUUUACUUUACACCCUGAGCUGUAAACACGAGAGUUGGAUCACUACUGCAAAAUAUCUGAUGGAUGAUGUCCCGGUGCUAUUAAGUUCCGACAAUGUGCAAAAUGUCAAGAAUGUGCUUGCAAGUGUCUUCAUGUCUCUUCCAGCAGACUUUGCAGAGUUCAUUAAAUGGGUGGCAGAGAUUCGUAGGGAAGAGGAUAACAGUCAAAGUUUGAGUGAAGAAGAGAAAGGGAGGCUUCGUAUCAAGGAGGAGGUGUUGAAAAGAAUGCAAGAAACUGACCUUUACAAGCAUGUUACUGAUAUUCUGUCUUCAGAGACACUUGGGUGCCGGUUCAAGCAAACGUUGGGCAUCGACGAUAGCUUGCCUAACAUUGCUGCUUCUGUAUGCUCCCAAGGGGCGGGGAUUUUGAUGGGAAAGUCAGGUUCUUCAGAUAUGUUUUGCUGCCGGGAGACGUGUGUGAGAAGUUACAGAGCUACUAACGGGGACAGGCCUGUUACUGUAGUAUCUGGAACAGUGGUCAACAGCAAUGGAGAGGAUGGAGUUGAUAUGUUGGUCCCUUUAUCACAAACAGAUUCUGGCUGCUCCAAUUUUGGCUCAUGUGAUUAUUCUGGUAUGCACCCAGCUAGUAAUGAUGUUUUGACAGCACUUCUACUAGCAUUGCCCCCAGAGACAUGGUCUGGUAUUAAAGACGAAAAGACUUUUGAGGAAGUAUCUGAUUUGGUUUCGACCGAACAACUUCAUCCAUUACUUCAAGAAGAGAUUUUGCAUUUGCGGGGGCAACUACUUAUGCUGAAGAGAUGCAAGGAUAACAAGGUAGAAGACGAUCUAGGUUCAAUUGGAGUAACAGUAGGUACUUCCCACAACUCGAACUCUCUGCACGAUGUAGCAAUAUCAUCCCAAAGAUCCAAUUUUUAUCCAAAGCAAACCUCGUGUCAAAAAAAUUCACGUACUUUAACCCGUUGUUCAAUCAAGAUAGCGUCAUCUCCUUGGCAAGGUGUCCUCCGCCCACGGAUAAGAAGACCUGGCAAUGGCUUCUCGCCUUUUGGCCUUGUAUAUAUAAAUUUACAUCAAUGGUUGCCUUCCCAAAGACUGCUGCACUUUGCGGCAGGCAAAGCAUGCUUCUAGCUUGACGGGCAUAGAAUAGGGAUUCAAGUACAUAUAUAAAGUUACGAAGAUAUACAUACUUUUGAGGUUUUUGGUCACGUAAUUUGUUCUGUAUAUUGAUUAGUUGGUAUGUUCAUGAGAGAGAAGAGUAGUCAGAGGAAAUAUACACUACAUUACAUAUAUUUGUUAUUUAAACUGAAAUCUCAUUGACUACAAUACAUAGUUUGUGAAUAGAAACAUUCUCUUCGGAA